AUGGUUAAGAGAAAGUCUGGCGCUGAAGAGCGACCGGCCAAAAAAGUCCAUUCGUUACAGGAACUGUCUGAAGAAGACUUUUCUUCUGUUGAUUCGGACUUCCAAAAUUCGGGUUCUGAUGUUGAAUCAUCCCCUGAUCCCGAAAGUCAGCCAGAGGAGCUUGAGGAAGAAGUACCCGAAAGGCCUUCGAACGGUACACACCCCGCCAAACAUACUUUGAGCGGUGCCGAAGUCCGUAUUGCUCGUGAGACAAGUGAGCUUUUCAAAACAAAUGUUUUCAAGCUGCAGAUUGAUGAAACUCUGGCCGAGAUCAAGUUGGACGACAGAAUGUGCUCGCUUGCAAACAAGCAGCUUUUCGCCCUGAAAGAAGUUAUUUCACAGGCGAAAUCUAUUGGUCCUUUGUCUGCAGAGGCUGCUUCGAAAAAGUUCCCAACUCGCAUCCCUUUCCAUGGCUCAAAGCAUGUCAAGUAUCAGUUAGCGUUUGCACCGCCUGUCGAAGUCAAUGUGAUUGGCAGCUACUCGCUCAAGACCGUUGUUAAACAGCCUGAAAGUUCCGGCAUUGAUUUACUAUUGACAAUGCCUUCUGAUUUGUUUGAACAGAAGGAUUACCUCAAUUAUCGAUAUUUUCACAAACGGGCGUUCUAUUUGGCAGCAGUCGCCAAAGCCAUUGCUUCGUCAAAACUAGACUUGCGUGUAUCUUAUCGCUACUUGAAUGGAAAUGUGCUCAAACCAGUUGUUCGUGCUGAUUUUACCGACCGCAAACUGUCAAAACAUCUUCACAUCAUGAUCCAUCUCGGUGUUGAGGAAGAGCUUUUCCCCACCCGAAAACUUGCUGCUGACCGCAACUGUGUUCGCGAUACUGAGGGACCUACUCCAAUUUAUAACUCGGCAAUUUUGGCUGAUGUUUAUCAUUCGCAAAUCCUGCGUUUGCUGCACACUGCAUCAACCUAUUCUGCUGCCUUCACAGAUGCUUGCAAACUAGGCCGUCUUUGGCUGCGCCAACGAGGCUAUAGCGCUGAUCCUGCAUUUGGGGGGUUCGGCCACCUUCAAUUUGCCCUGUUGAUGGCUGGGCUACUUUCCGGAGGCCCAGCUGGCAAGCGUGUCCUUCUUCAGGGCUAUUCUUCUUAUCAGCUGUUCAAAGGGACCGUUUUAUUUUUAGCCGACAAAGAGCUGGCUCUUAACGUGUCUUCGCACACUACCUCAUCAUCACUGCCUGGUUUGUGGGUGAAUGAUUUGAACGUUUUAGCCGACGCUCCUGAGUGGCUCUAUGGUCUUUUGCAGCACGAUGCAAAAGUCACAGCCGAGCUUUUGUCCGACGUUACCUGUGAUAGAUUCACUGACUUGUUCCUGCGUCGCUCUGAUGAGUCCCAGCUCCGUUUCGAUAUUAGCUUCGAUGUGACGUUCCCCCUAACUGAGUUUGAUACUGCUGAACGCGCGGUUUCGCCGUCUGUGAUCGGCUUUGCCACUCAACAGAUUUACAGUACACUAAAUCAGGCGUGGGGCGAUCGAAUCAAGCAUUUCGCAGUGUUUAGCUCACCACAAUCAGAAUGGUCACUGUCUACCCCCGCACCUGACGUUCCCGACACAGUUAUACUCAGUGUACGUGCUCUGUUGGAUGUUGAGCAUAGUGAUAAACGUGUUACAAUGGGUCCUGAUGCCAGUGAGAAGUCCGAAUGCAAGGCAUUCCGUGAGUUCUGGGGUCCAAUCUCCAACUUGCGACGCUUCCAAGAUGGCACUAUCAAGGAGGCUGUUGCUUGGAAAGUCGAGGAGGUUAACAUUCCUGUUGUCCUCAUCGUGGCGCGCUACAUUCUUGACUACAAAUUCGGUGUCAGUCUUAUCUCUGUGCCCUCUAUCACGCGCUUGCUCCCUACUAUUAACGAGGCUCGCAAUGCUCUACCGUCUUUAGCGCUUUAUCAGGCGAAAAUUCAGGCAUUUAAUGAGUGUUCGUUGAUGCUUCAAGAUCUAUCCGACUUGCCACUGCGUAUCUCUUCCGUGUUUGGCACGUCUGCUUCUUUGCGUUACACCUCUCUGCAAGAGCCUGUUCCGUACGAUUUGCGUGGUGAUGACAGUAUUGCCACGGCAGUAAUGGUUUGUGAGACCUCAAGGAAAUGGCCGUCAAAGCUUGGUGCUUUAGAGAAAACUAAAACUGCCUUCCUGAUCAAUGUUGCAGAGACUAUCCGAGAAUUAAAGCCAAAGUAUCAUCCUGUGGUUGGUGUGGAGCCUAUUCCUGGGUACGAAUCCGAAGAACGUGGAUUUUUGAUUGUUCAAACACCUCAGGGCUAUUUCUUCAAAUUUGGAAUCAUCACGGCCCGUGAUCUUGACAUCGCCGCUGCUAGCAACCUCCCUGAAAACGCGUUGUUGGCAAUGAAACGUCACGGUCAAGCUGGAGCAGAUCAUCAUCGCCUGAUUGUGACUAUGGCUUUACGAUAUCCUCUGUAUUCCACGGCUGCUCGUUUGAUGAAGCUCUGGUGUAAAAAGCAUAUGCUCGCCAGCCAUUUCACUGAACAAAUGAUCGAGCUUUUGGCUCUUAAACCAUUCUUGGAUUCUGCCCCAUACUCCCCACCAUCAAGCGCUCAAACCGCCUUUGUGCGCACUUUGGACUUUUUGCAGCACUGGAACUGGAAGGAGGAUCCUUUGAUUUACGACGUUGAACGUAGUGAGUCUUUGCAGGUCGAAGGCGUUCGCAUGGAUCCGGCUUUCCACCAUAAACUGACGGCGAAUUUUACAAAGCAACGCCAGCAGGACCCAGCGUUUACCUUGAGUCCACUUUUCAUUGCAACAAAGGUAGAUCAAACAGGUAUUUUGUGGACCCAAUCGCUUCCUCGUAACACUACGGGAAUUUUGCUUGCUGCUCGCUUGACUGGCCUUGCUCGCGCUGCUCGCAAACUCACUUCUGCAAGUCUCGGCAGCGCCUUCAAGACGUCGACAAGUGAAUAUGAUGUGGUUUUGAAUCUCCGCAAUCCUUCGGCAUCGUCAUCGGCCGGCUACAAAAACUUGCAAGUCAGUGAUGCUUCCAAGCUCGCCAAAUCUGGUAAUAAUGUUGGGCUGGAAUUUUUCAAUGACAUCAAAGAGACAUAUGGUAGCAGCAUCGUCUUAUUUUACAGUGGUUCCCUUGAUGAUAAGCUUAAUAAAAACCAAGUCAUUGCCGGAAUCUGGAAUCGCACAGCCACAGAACCUCAUAAAUUCCGUGUUGGACUUCCUUAUCCUGUGACACCCACCAGUGACGGCAAAGUUAUUCUUGAUAAGUCGGCUCUUUUGAGCGAGAUCAAACGCAUGGGUGGAGAUUUGUUCCAUUAG